UGCAUAUAGUAUAUUGAACUUUGAAACUUUGAUAGAUCCUUGUAUCCCAAGAAAAAUGAUAACUUUGCAGAAAACGUCCUAUUAUACUGGCUUAUAUUUCUUUUCAUUAAGAAUCAAUUAAGUUGUCUGAUCUUUUGUGAAUUUCGCAAAACAAGUGCCAUUACUCAUUUGAUUCAAAUGUUAAUAUGUUAAACAUUUGAUUUUUGUCUAAAAGAAUUAGCACAUUAAAGCAGAGAGCAUUCUGAAGUUUGUCGGCCAGUGUUCAUAAUUUAUGCUCAAGUGUGGGCCACACUUCAGAGCUGUCCAAAUGAGUGCUUGUAAAAAUUAGAUUGGCCCAAGCCAAAAUCCCGCGCAUGCUGUGUAGCUAUAAAAGCGUUGAGUCCCAAUUAGACCCGCGCAUUGUUUCCGAAGAUGUGUCCUCUUUGGCUGCUCGUUCUCUUAUCUUUAUCACUGGCUAGUGGACGUCAGGUAGGCAGAUGCAGCCUAGCCCGGCAGCUCUAUCGUUAUGGAAUGCCCUACAACGAGCUCCCGGAUUGGCUAUGUCUAGUCGAAGGUGAGAGUUCUUUCAAUACGAAGGCCAUCAAUCCCUCCAACGUGGAUGGUUCCGUGGAUUGGGGACUAUUCCAGAUCAACGAUCGCUAUUGGUGCAAACCAGCGGAUGGUCGUCCUUCCAACGACCUCUGCCGAUUACCUUGCAGACUGCUUUUGAGUGACGACAUCAGGUAUUCUAUAGCCUGUGCAAAAUACAUUAGAAAACAACAAGGAUUCUCUGCCUGGGUGGCUUGGAAUAACCGGUGUCAGGGUGUGAAACCCAAUGUGAGUCACUGUUUCCGGCGAAGGUACAGGAACUCGGGUUGAGUCCCAUAAUAAAUUGGAUUAAUAAAAUAGAGAUAAAUAUAAAGCAAGGUAUUGAAUUAAUUGUUCAGUCAAGAAGGCUGAAUAACAUUUUGCCUACAACUUUGAUUUAAAAUUAACUGUCAGGCUAAACUGUUACGAGUAAAAUGUACUGCAAAUUUACAUGUAAAUAAAAGCUUCAGGGGAAACAUGUAAAGAUAUCUGCCAAGUUUCUAUCGAUAUUUUAAGUAAAAUAUUAUUUGAUUUUUACUGCUUUUGUCUUUCAUGAAAGGAUUUCAUUAGAAAUGCGUAUCAAAUGCUGAUGUCCAGUUUCUCAUCUUUUGGAAAAUAUAAGACUCCUAGUUUCAGUAUAUAUCAUAUUAAAAUUACUCCAGUUCUCUUUCUUAAUUAAUUAUAGACGACAGUAUUAUUAUUUUCAUAAUUUUUAAAUAUUAUUCACUAUUCUGGAUAAAUAAUUGAUUAAAACUA